AGUCCGACAAAAUGUAAAACCUACAUGAAAGGGACUAUAAAUUGUGGUAAUUUUGUUAAAUAAAUAGAUAAAUAAAAUUUAUAUUAUUUCUCAAUUACAUUUCAUCAAUUUUGUAUGUAUAUUUAUGACCUUUUUUAGCUUCUCAUUUAAGUAACUUAAACAGCACUUUGUAAUUACAUUUAUUCGAAAUAUAAAAGUUUUUCAAAAGCAGACAUAAAUCACUGAUUACAUUGAUUUCAAUACCAAAAGUCUAGCCCUAUAUACCAUAUUUAAAUAUUCUCCAGCAUCACUCAUUAUACCAUAAAUAUACUAAUCUACAAACUUUAUAGAUUUAUCAUUUAUUUUGUCAUGAAUACGCCUCACAAUAUUUAAGUUCCAUCCAUAUUUAGUAUUUUGGAAGACCCUUUUUAGAAUUGUUUUAAGAUGAAAAUUAAAAAAGAAUUCCAGAACAAGCAGCUAAAUUGUAUAUUGCAGAAGUGUUUACGGUCUUCAUAAAAAUUGCCUAAUAUAUAAGAUUUAAAACCUUAUGAAU